AUGGCGUCGAGGUUAGCACGGAGCGCGGCUGGCGCCGCCAAACUCCGCCCAUCCAUUCUCCCACGCUCCUCCCUACCCGCCCUCCCUCUCACCUCUGCCCGCUACCAGUCCAACGUUCCCGCUGAGGAGCCCAAGAAGAAGGCGCAGUCCAUCGUCGAUGCCUUGCCAGGCAACAGCUUGGUCAGCAAGACGGCCAUCCUCUCCGCCGGCGCCGGUAUCUCCACCUGGGCUAUCUCCAAUGAGCUGUACGUGCUCAACGAGGAAACCGUUGUCGCCUUCUGCCUGCUGUCCGUCUUCUAUGGAAUCUUCAAAUACGGUGGCCCCAUGUACAAUGAGUGGGCUGAGAACACCACGACCCGCAUCAAGGGCAUUCUCGAUGAAGCCAGGAAGGGCCACGCCGAUGCCGUCCGCACACGUAUCGAGGAUGUGAAGCCCCUCGGCAACGUUGUUGAGAUCACCAAGUCUCUCUUCGAAGUGUCCAAGGAAACCGCCAAGCUUGAGGCCCAGGCUUUCGAAUUGGAGCAACGUACCGCGCUCGCUAGCGAAGCCAAGAACGUGCUGGACAGCUGGGUGCGUUACGAGUCGCAGGUGAAGCAGCGCCAGCAGCGCGAGUUGGCUGAAAGCGUCAUCGCCAAGAUCAACAAGGAGCUCGAGAACCCUAAGGUCCUGCAGCAGAUCCUGCAGCAGUCCAUUGCGGAUAUCGAGCGCGUUGUGCAGCAGAAGCCUGGCCAGUAG